AUGGAGCAGUCCAACGUGCAGCAUCAUAAUGCUGGCCAGAAUUCUCUGGACUCCAAAAGCCGGGAAGACUUUCCUGCCACCCAAAAUCCGAUCGCGGCGCGUCAUUCUUAUAUCUUGCCGUUGUAUCCUCAGCAGAGCAGAGACACCUUCAUCAGCAUGAGCCAACCUCCAGUCGCUCCAAUUGACCGCAACACUUCCCUCCAAGCGACUUACCCAGGUCACGACCAAUUCUAUGGUACACCAGCGCUGGCAGCCCAAGCACAGGGCCUGCCCUACUAUCCUAUCCACGCCCAUCCAUCAAAUCGUGUCGGUCAUCCAGGCCAUACGUAUGGAGCUCAUGAGUUUUCCCCCACGCAAGUCGGCUUACUGAACCAUGGGAUAUCGCCACUUCCAUCUGUCACAGGACAACAAUUCUGCAACCCGAGUGUGUCCGGACAGGGGCAUCAUCCCAGCUCGCUACUUCAGGCGCAUCCACCCAACCAGUUCUUCCAACCUGUCCAGGUCGGCCCAGCAGAUCAGGCAAACAACGCGGUCCAAUCCUCCAGCCCACCAAAUGCGACCCGACAACCCUCUCAGGAUGGGCUAACACAUCUAGUCGGUCCCGAAGCCAUGGCCUGCGCUCCAGCUCAACUCAGUUCUCCUCAUCAUGUCCAGCCGCCAAUGCAGAUCGACCAUGUGAACGCUAGCAUCCCAGGCGGCCUCCGCCGUGCACCACCUCUGGGCAAUCAGGCCAGUGAUCAGGGCCAGAUAUUGAAAGACUGCGCGGAACAGAUUGAAGAGCUUGCACAGCGAGAAGCAACUGAGAGACAACAGAAGAGGCUCAACCACGCCGGGACGGAACGAAAGUACCGGGAAAAGAUCAACAACUUGAUCAACGCCCUCUUCCAUGCUUUGCUCGGCACAGGUCGCGCAUCCAAGCUCAAGGUGUUCCAUUAUGACACGGACAAGAAGGGAACAACAAAGGGUUGGAGCAGAUCUAAAAAGUGCGACGUCUUCCACGAUGCCAUUGCAUAUAUUCGUCAGGCUGAGUCAGACAUUGCGGACCUGAUGGCGGAGAACGAGUCUCUCAGGGCCCGUCUCUCCGCCUACGAGAUUGUUCGCCAGCCCGCGGCGGCUUAG